AUGUCAUACAAAAACAAAAUACCUUCCGCUCAAAAUAAGGGAAAUGGAAAUCCAAUGCCAGCAAAGCAAAAAAUGGCCCUGUCUCUGAAGUCCCUGGUUGAGUCCGCAAAACAGUCCAUUUCUGGAGCUUCGACACCUGCGCCUAGGACAUCGGGUGAAAAUACGCCUAUAGAUGCGCUUUUUCGAAAAGUAGAUCCCAGUGUUGACGGGGAGGAUUGCGAUUAUGAUUGCGACAGCUGCCACAUCAAUUACCCGAGGAAAUUCAAGAUCGAUGAGGAGGAUCAGCUUUAUGGGUUUGUGAAGGGAUGGAGUACGCAUGUUUUAGUUGCAACGGGAAAGACGGACUGGGUACGCGAUGUGGCAGACGAAAAGGGGAGUUUGAUGGAAGCAAUUGAGAAGAAGGCAGAUGUGAAGAUCAGCAACGGCCCAGUCCAGAAACUCAUGCUAUCAGCCUCGAAUAUACCAACCCCAAACCACUCCUCAUCCUACGCCGAACCAACAACAGUCCUCCUCCUCCCCGCCUUCAUAGUAAUCGAAAACGUUACCCCGAAAUCGGUCAACACCCUAAUCUCCGAGUACAUCAACAAAGCCCCCACAAACUCCACGCCUCUAGGCCCCGUUACAAUCCCUGCAUCAUUACCAGAUCCUCUACCCACCGCAGAUCAAUUAACAUCACGGCCCUCUCCACAUCGAGCACUCAUCCUCCUCUGCUCCCAGAAAACCCGCGACGCACGCUGUGGCCAAAGCGCCCCUUUACUGCGAAAAGAACUAGAGCGCCAUCUCCGGAUAUGUGGACUUUUCCGGGACCUAGACGACGAGCGGCCGGGUGGCGUGGGCAUAUAUUUUAUCUCUCAUGUGGGCGGACAUAAAUACUCGGCCAACGUUAUGAUUUACCGGAAAGCGGAUGCGUUUGGGUUGGAUGAUGUGGAAAGGGGGAAGUUGGAUGGCGAGGUGUGUCCGCCGCCGAAGAAGGCGGAGAAGGACGAGGAGCAGACGGGUGCUGCGCAGUGUAUCUGGAUUGCGAGGGUGCGGCCGGAGGAUUGUGAGGGUAUUGUGAAAUUUACCGUUUUGCAGGGGAAGGUGGUGAAGCCGGAGAGGCAAUUGAGGGGUGGGUUUGAUAGAAAGAGAGGGGUGUUUAGUUGGUAA